AUGUUAAAUGUACUGACCAGUUGUACACUGACUACUGGCCUACUUGUGCGUCACAUGAAUGCCAUUCCCGGUGCCCCACAGUAUACGGGACAAGCGUAUGAGUGCCUGAGAAAAUUAGAUCCGGAUAUAAAUGAAUGCCUGACCAAGUCUUAUGAGUAUUGGCAUGAGCCAGAUCAGUCUAUUUCAAUAUCCGAUGAUUGCUGCGCUAAAUGGGAUUAUAUUGAAUGUAGUGUUAAUUUUCUAGGUGCUGUUAACAAGUCUGAACACAAGUGCAACGAAAGCGAGUCAAACCAAUUGCGGCAAUGGUUUCACAAAUUGGAGAUAUUUUUCGCAAACAACUCGUGCAGUCAGUACCCAAAGGACAGUACGUUUUGUCUCAUACCGACCCUUCACAACAUACUAAUUACCGCCGAUAAACCCCCUGCACUUAACCAUGAAAACGAUUUGGAUGAGAUCGAUAAGUCGUUGAAUAUAUUCAGGACAUUGAAUGCGAUGACUACCCCUACCAUAGCUCAAAGUGCAUACUACCAGCCCCAUCAAAUGAUACAAAUCCACUAA